AUGGAAACCCUCGGUGACUUUUCAUCGCGAGUCCAGAGUCGGCUCCAAGCACUCGUGAGCAAAAGCCAAUCUCUGGACGUGGACGUCGCCGAUGAGCGACGCCAGCUGUUUGACCUUGCGCAGAGCUUGUGCUCAGAGCUGGAAACCCCUAUGGAGUCAAUCUACCGCCUAAUCGUCAUCCAGCCUAUACUCUAUAUGUCAGUCCGGAUUGCCGUCAACCUCAACCUUUUCGAUGUGUUGGCACAAGAAGGCAACGCACCCAAGACGGUGAAGCAGCUCGCUGGCAAAGUUGGAGCCGAUGAGACUCUUCUAGGUCGUAUUCUUAAGAAUAUGGCGGCUAGCGAUCUGAUCCGCGAAACCAUCCCCGGCACUUAUGAGCAUACAUCGUUGUCGACUUCGUUGCUGAACCUCAGCCAUCGCGAUGGCUUCUUCUUCUGUCACGAUAUUAUGCUUCCGUCAUUCACGGCUACUCCCCAGUUCCUGGCAGAGACCAAGUACGCCAACCCCUCCAACAUCACCAGCACCCCCUUCCAACUUGGUCAUCAUACCAAGUUGACUUUUUUCGAGUACCUUGCCAAGCAUCCCAAGCAGGCACAGGAGUUCAAUAACUUCAUGGGUUUGUAUGCGACCGAUCGGCCUCGCUGGCUGGAUGAGGGGCAUUUCCCCGUCCGUGACAUUCUUGGUAAGGGCGCCAACACAGAAAAAGACGCCGUUUUGCUGGUCGAUGUUGGCGGUGGUAAGGGUCACGACUUGAUCUUGUUCCAGAAGCGGUACGGCGAUCUCCCCGGGCGAAUGAUCCUGCAGGAUCUGCCUUCUGUAGUUGAGCAGGCUGGUCAGCUUCCUGAGGGGCUCGAGGCAACGGGCCAUGAUUUCUUCAAGGAGAAUCCAAUCAAAGGCGCACGUGCAUACUACUUCCAUUCGGUCCUCCAUGGCUGGCCCGACGCGGCAUGCGUCGAAAUUCUUCGCGCAGUUGCGGUGUCAAUGAAGCGUGGUUACAGCAAACUACUGAUUAAUGAGAUUGUGAUUCCGGAUGAAAAGGCCCAUCGUCUGGGGACCUCAAUGGAUCUGCUCAUGAUGACUGUCGUGGCUGCUGAAGAACGCACUGAGCACAAAUGGCGGCACUUGCUUCCCUUGGCUGGGCUGAAGCUGGUGAAGAUUUGGAAGUUCGAGAUUGGUACCGAAAGUCUUAUUGAGGCCGAGGUGGCUGAUGAUGCUACUAUAGUCGUUGACCAGUAG